GAUAAGUAAGAAAAAUAUUAAGAAAUUUUGCUUAGCUGUUAUCCACCUCCAUUACGAUCAAAACCUCCAUGAUUAUCUGCGGAACUGAGGGAUAGAGAAAGAAAGAAGAAGAAGGAAUCCUCUUAACGCCGGCUGAUUCCUCCUCCCCUUCACUGGCACUGCCUUCGUCUUCUCAGUCCAGCAGCCCUGACAUCAACGACCAGUAGAAGAACAAAGAAGAAACAGGAAGCCAUCUCUGUUGACCUAAAAUCUUCUUACCUUUACUCUUUUUUGUGCUGACGGCGUCAAGUCGGCGUUAUUGUGGAGGUGAGAGCAUGUGAAGCGACGGAGGAGAGUACCGGCGGGAGGAGAGGACAGAAGAAUGGAGAUGGAUUCGGAGCCGGCGAGUUGUUUUGGAGCUUUGUCCUUUUGUUUGACUGUGGUUUACUUGGCUUUCACAUCUGACCAAAACCGCCAUUUUUAACGCUUUCUCUUUCUCUCUCUCUCUUCGUUGUCUGGAUUCUGAUGUAUAUACUCCGCUUCUAUCUCAACUUUCUCUCUCUUCUUUUCUUGACGUUCGGUCUGGUUCUAGGGUUUUGAGUACUCUUCUCUUCUAGUGUGGGCAAAAUCCGUCGAUGAAUUAUUAGGGUUUCCCACAUUGUCACCAAUGAAUCUCGUUUCUUAUUUAUGCCACGGAGUUCUCUCUGUUCACUUCGUUUAUCUCCUUAUCGUCUUGGUUUCCGCAGCCUCUGAUUCUGAACUCAACUGCCUGCUUGAAUUCAAGAAGGGGAUUCAGAAAGAUCCGCACAACUCGCUCCAGGGGAAGUGGGAUUUGGCCUUUGUUUCGAACUCCGAUGGUUGUCCUUUGUCCUGGACUGGCGUGUCUUGUGAUGAGAACGGUAAUGUGUCUGCAAUUGUGCUGGACCAUCUAGGCUUGGGAGGGGAGUUGAAGUUUCAGACUCUGAUUGGGCUUAAGAGCCUUAAGAAUUUAAGUCUUUCUGGGAAUGAUUUCACUGGAAGGCUUGUUCCAGCUCUUGGGACACUAUAUAGUCUGCAGCAUUUGGAUCUGUCUUUGAAUAGAUUUUACGGGCCGAUCCCAGCGCGGAUCAAUGAUCUUUACAAUCUGAACUAUCUUAAUUUCUCUGUAAAUCACUUCAGUGGUGGGUUUCCAGUUGGUACAUUAAAUCUUAAUCAGCUCAAGGUAUUGGAUUUGCACUCUAAUCGACUUUAUGGGAACAUUGGCCUGUUGGUUUCUCAGCUGCGGAAUGUUGAACAUGUUGAUUUAAGCGACAAUGAGUUCUACGGUGGAGUUUCAGUUGGCUCCGGGAGCAUUUCUAGUCUGGCUAAUACUUUGAAGAAUUUCAACGUAAGUUUCAAUAGAUUGAAUGGUGGGUUCUUUGACGCUGACUCUCUCAUGUUAUUUCGAAACUUGGUGCUUUUGGAUAUGGGUCAUAACCAGAUUAUAGGAGAAUUGCCUUCAUUUGGGGCCUUGCCUAAUCUGCGGAUUUUAAGGCUUGGUAAUAAUCUCUUAUCCGGCUUGGUGCCUGGAGAACUGUUAAACAGGUCUUUGCAAUUGGAGGAAUUGGAUCUUAGUGGCAAUGCAUUUACAGGUUCGAUUCUUCACGUCAACUCGUCUACUUUGAAAUUUUUGGAUCUUUCAUCAAAUGCUUUAUCUGGCGACAUAUCAAUUAUGCAGAAUUGGGAAGCCAAAUUUGAGGUUCUUGAUUUAAGUUCAAACAAAUUCUCAGGAAGUUUCCCAAACUCAACUUCCUUCUUUGAGGGAUUAAAGGUGCUUAAUGUCAGAAAUAAUUUCUUAGUUGGCCCUUUGCCGUUUACAUUGGGGAGCUCUCCUAGUUUAUCUGCUGUUGACUUCAGUUUAAAUGCUCUUAGCGGUACGAUCCCUGCUAGUUUCUUAUCAUCUGUUACCUUGAUCAGCCUCAAUCUUUCAGGAAACCGGUUUACGGGUCCCAUUCCCCUUCAAGGCUCAAGUGUUAGUGAGUUGUUAGUUAAACCUUCAGACUUGCCAAUGGAAUAUCUUGAUCUAUCCAAUAAUUCCUUGACUGGUGGGAUUUCAGCUGAGAUAGAUAAGUUGGUGAGGCUCAAAUUGCUAAAUCUUGCCAAGAAUGAAUUAUCAGGAUCGCUUCCUGUUCAAUUGAACAGAUUGAUUGACUUGGAGUAUCUUGAUUUAUCAAACAACAAAUUUACCGGUAAAAUCCCGGAUAUGCUUCCCAAUCUACUUGUUUUUAACGUGUCCUACAAUGAUCUCUCAGGUGACGUUCCAGAGAAUCUAAGAAACUUCCCUAUCUCAUCAUUUCGUCCUGGAAAUGGUAAACUUAGCUUACCAAAAGAUAUAGGUCCUCAGAACACGAUUCCAAAUAAUUUCUCCGAGCCAGGAAGACAUCAUACUCCUAAAGCUAACAUCCAAAUAGCUAUUAUUCUUGCCUCAGUUGGAGCAGUUGUGAUGAUUGUUUUUCUUUUACUGGCCUAUCAUAGAGCACAACUUAAAGAUUUCCAUGGAAGAAGUAUAUUUAGCAGCCAAGGUGCUGAGGGGGACAUUAAGAUAGAACAUUUCGGGGCUUCUCUUUUCAAAUUUCAACCAAACAAUCAGCCUCCACCAACCUCUUCAAGUUUGUCAAAUGACCAUUUACUAACCUCCACUUCAAGAUCAUUAUCAGGGCAAGCAGAAUUCUUAUCUGAGAUUUCUGAACAUGUUUUACCUGGAGGUGCUGCAACAAGUUCAUCGAUGAUUAUUCCUAAUUUGCUCGACGAUCAUCCCGUUACUUCUGGGAAAAAUUCUUCCCCAGAAUCCCCACUAUCUUCCUCACACCAGUUUGUUGAUGGGCGUGAACAACCUGUGACACUAGAUGUGUAUUCACCAGAUCGAUUAGCUGGAGAAUUGUUUUUUCUAGACAAUUCACUGCUAUUCACUGCUGAGGAAUUAUCCAGAGCUCCGGCUGAAGUUCUUGGUAGAAGCAGCCAUGGAACACUAUAUAAAGCUACUCUCGAUAGUGGACAUAUGCUGGCUGUUAAGUGGUUACGUGUCGGACUGGUCAAACAUAAGAAGGAAUUUGCCAAGGAAGUUAAAAAAAUUGGAUCAAUGAGGCAUAAGAGCAUUGUUCCUUUACGAGCUUAUUAUUGGGGUCCCAGAGAACAAGAGCGGCUUCUUCUAGUUGACUAUAUUUUGGGAGAUAGCUUAGCCUUACAUCUUUACGAAACCACACCUCGAAGGUACUCUCGGUUGUCGUUCAGCCAGAGACUUAAAAUUGCAGUGGAAGUUGCUCGUUGUGUGUUAUAUCUUCAUGAUAGGGGCCUCCCCCAUGGAAACUUAAAGCCAACAAAUAUAAUCUUGGCAGGCCGUGAUUUUGAUGCCCGGCUCACUGACUAUGGCCUUCACCGCUUGAUGACACCAGCAGGCAUUGCGGAGCAGAUACUGAAUCUAGGAGCACUUGGAUAUUGUGCUCCAGAACUGGCUUGUGCGGCAAAACCUGGCCCAUCUUUCAAGGCUGACAUUUAUUCAUUUGGGGUGAUUUUAAUGGAGCUUUUAACCAAAAGAAGUGCAGGCGACAUAAUAUCAGGCCAAUCUGGGGCUGUAGAUCUCACUGAUUGGGUUCGUCUAUGUGAUCAAGAAGGACGAAGAAUGGACUGCAUAGACAGAGAUAUUGUCGUCGGAGAAGAAGAGCCUACAAAAGCGAUGGAUGAACUGCUGGGUGUGUCCCUCAGGUGCAUUCUCCCUGUAAAUGAGAGGCCUAACAUCAGACAAGUCUUGGAUGAUUUAUGCGCUAUAUCUGUUUGAUCAUCUUCCAUCAUCCACCCACCUCCUCCUUGUGUACAUGCGUCUUGGAAUUAGUUUUUUCCGCGUUCCUCGACCCAAUUGUUUUUGCUUCCUAUUUUUUACUUCGUAUUUGUUUCAGCCUCCUGAUUUUGGGCUAAUUGUCACCAUUUUUUUCUCUCCAUGAAAUUUUCUUGUAAAUGGACAAGCCAAGCCAUCCAUUGAUUUUUUUCUUUUUCCCUACAAGGUUUCAGUUUGAUGUUAAUUGAAGAAAAUGUUGCUCACUUUCAA